AUGGCACAGCCGCGGAGCCCCCAACCCCCUGCGCCCUACCCAGAGGAGGUGCCCCGCACCCCGCUGCGCACCCGCUUCCACCUGGAUGGGGGCCGGGCCCUGGAGCUGGGCAAAUUUUACCAGCUGGCCCAGCAGCACCGUGAGUUUUACCAGGACAAGACCGGGACGCUUUACCCCGUCCCCUACUUCGUGCUGCCCGUGAAGGAGAUGGAGAGGUACCCGCACCCGCUGGACCUCCCCCCUCUCAGCGGGAAGACCCGGUGGCAUUUACAGCGCGUGUCCCCGGAGAACCUGCGGACCUACCAGACCUUCCCCUCGGGCAAAAGGGUCACCUCCGAGGAGAGGGAGGUCCGGGACAGCUUCUUCGAGUACCGAGCGUGAGGGACAGCACCCAGGCUGCCCUCGGUGGUGAGCUGGUCUCCGGGAUGGGGGAGGCAGAGCCCUAAAAUAAACGUAAAGCAGAGGGAGGUGGUGCUGGGUGGGGUCCGUGCGCACGGGGACCGAGCGGGACCCCAAGGAGAGGGGGCAGCCGCCCAUCAGGGGGCUUCUCCUGCUGCUCCAGGAUGUCAGAGGUUGGCUGGGAUUGGGGACGGGCAGGGGGUUAGCUCGGUGGGAUGGGGUCACCGACUGGCAGGGAAGGAGCCCCCUGUGCUGCCCUGUUGCCCGGGGAUCUGCUGGUGGUGGUG